UAAAUUUGAUGAUUAGCUAUGCUGUUUUUUUCCAUUAUUAUAAUUUAUAUAUCAAUUUGACAUUUUCAUUAGAGACCAAUUAAAUUUUUUCUUGUACAGAGAAAAAGUAAAGCUUCACAAAUUCAAAUAUUAUACCCGAGUUUUUUUAAGUUAUAUAAAAUGAAUGCUCCAGAAUCGUUCGAACCAUUUCUUCUUUUGGACGGUGAAAAAAAAAUAAACAUUGUAAAGGAUACUAAAGUUCCAAAUGCUGCUCAUUUUACAGUAAUGAAAGAAGAUCAUACUCUUGGGAACCUGAUUCGGUCUCAGUUAUUAAAAGACCCUCAAGUGAUAUUUGCUGGAUAUAGAGUGCCUCAUCCUUUAGAACACAAAUUUAAUGUACGAAUUCAAACUACUCCUGAUUAUUCACCUCAAGAAGCAUUCACAAGUGCUAUUACAGACCUUCUUAGUGAAAUUUCUUUACUUGAAGAAAGAUUUAAAUCUGCUCUUAAAGAGAAAAAAGAUGGAUUAGAGUGAAAGAUCAAGAUUGAAAAUUGUUUUUUUUUUUGUUGCAAAAAAUGUUUAUGACAUUAAA